UGGUAACAAGGUGAAAUGCAAGUGCUGCAACCAACUGGAAUAUAGCACUCUACCAGCUAGAGAUCCAAGCGAUCAAAACCUGUUCUAUAUGUGCGCCAAGUGUAGUUCUGCUCUCGAAAAGAAGCAGAAUUAUGCUAGCACUAAAAAUGGAACAGCUUGUAUCUCUAGCAAAGGGCUAAACCUAGUUGAAUUUACCUGCCACAAAGGACACUCAUGGACUGUGAACAUUCAUAGAGGAUAUAAAAACUGGUGCUCUGUGUGUAUAAAACUUGCUAAAGAACAACAAAGAAAUAAGUAUAAGAGCCAAAGCAACAUCAGAAGUCAAGAGAACGCAAAGAAACAGAAGCAAGUUUUUGAAGAUGCCAAGACAAAAUGCUUGGUUAACUCACAAACAGAGUCUUCAAGCCAGUUUGGAAGUGUAGAGGAAUUGUUCUCCUCAGAGGACAAUUCUUUCUUCCCUGAAGCCAAAAUCAAGGCCGAAGCUUACUUCGCUCAGCCAGAAGCAUCCAAAUCAUGUACAUUCGAACAAGCACUAUGUGUUUAUAAAGUACUUGAGAUAGAUGCUGAUAGAGUCAGAUUCAUUCUAAGUGGAAUGUCUCCUGAUUCUAAGAAGGUUGGCUACAAGAAGCUGGUCUUGAAUCUUCAUCCAGACAAAAAUAGACAUCCUUUGUCCAAUGAGGCUUUCCUCAAAGCUUCGGAGUUAUUCAAUAGCUCCAUCUAA